AUGUCGACGUUCUUCAGAGGCCCUGUCUGCGGCACUGACAAUUGCCGGUCGCGGCUGUGGCGUAUCAUCGACGGCCGCCGAACCUGUCAGUACGGGCACGUUAUGGACGGCGACGUCGAGUUCAACGACGACGAAGACAACAUCAACAGCAUGGGCGUGGUGACCCGCCGUUUGAACCUCACCACCAACGCCACGGGCAGUUUCCGCGCCAGCUCGCAGUCACAAACGCUGGGCCAGUCAAACCCGGCCGAAUUUACCAAAACCUAUGGCCCUGAGGGCGAUCGACUAUUUCUGAAAUGUUUCCAGCACGUGCUGCGCCUGCAGUGUGGCUGGCUCGUGCAGCACGAGCACUUCCCGCCGGUGUUCCCGCACGUGGUCAAGCUGCUGUGGGCGCGGCUGCUGCCCGCCGUACACAACGACGACAACCACGCCGGUACCGGCGUCCCGACCGCCACGCGCACCCGGCCGCCAGGCCGGUACCGGCUGUCGCUGCUGUCCUCGGUGUGUCUCCUGCACAUGGCCGGCACCCAUUUGCGACUGCCGGUGUUCUGGUUCGACUACCUGCGCUGGAUGUGCAACCUGCAACUGCCGUAUUUCAAAGCCGGUCUGCACCUCCCGGCCGUAUGGCGCAGACAGCUGCCGAAUUACUACCUGCAGUUGCUGGAAGGCGGCAAAGUGCCGGCCGAAGGCCAGUUCUACCACAAACUCGCGCGCACGUGCCGGGCCGUGCAGCCGCCGAGCUUUUUUAGCCGCGCAGUAGCGCUCGAGCCGCUGCUGCUGAAGCUGCUGCUGGCGCUGCGACUGCCGCCACAACCGCUGUUCUUCCACGUACUGGACCUGGUACAAAGAAUCCGACAAAACACCUCUGCCGAACCGUUCCCGGGCGACGAACUCCCGGAACGGGACCUGCUUCACCUACAGCCCGAGCUCGGCGCCGUGGCGUGUCUGAUCGUGACGCUGCGGUUCCGGCUGCUGCAGGGCGAGGAUAAGUUUCUGACGCGCUACUGCGCCGGCUGGUUGCUGGCAAACGCCGGCGACCUCGUGACGCAGCUUUCGUCCACAACCUCCACCUCAACGGCUUCCCUGGCCGCAACGGACCAAUACCUGGAAUGGCUCGAGACCCGCUUUUUGCCUGCCAGUACUCGCGGCGGCGGCGGCGGCGGCGACGAGUCCACGGAGCCGGGCUCGCAGCCCCGCAGUAUCGACCAGCGUAUUGCGGACCGUAAGUUGCACGCGCUGUUCCCGCUGGAACGCGUCGGCGUUUCGUCGGCGGCUCCGGCUCCGGCUCCGGCUCCGGCUCCGGCUUCCACCUCCGACGUCCGGGACGCGUACCGUGCAAUAUGUCAGGAUGCUGCAGCGGCCAACGUCGCGGGCGACGCCGAGGAACUGGCGUCGCGCGUGGAAACGCAACUGGUGAUUUGGACAUGCCCCCUACUUGCCAUUACCGAGGCCCAAAUGCGUCGCUGCAUCGAACAUGCAUACAGGUGCGCCGGGCCUGCAUGA